CUCUGAUUUAAAUUUGGAUGCUAUUUGGAACACACUUGGGUUGAACCCUACAUGUCUUGAAGAAGGCUGGAGACUAUGAAGCCAGGCAUGCAAGUGAAUACUUGAAGUCUUCGGGAAGAUGGUGUUCUUAUUUGCUCUACGCAGUAAAAAAUUCAAGUCCUUGUCAAGAAGAGGGAGCUGAAAAAUAAUUCCCGCAAACACAGAACGGUCCCCGAUCUGGUUGCUGUUGCUUAGCUAACAGCUAUCACUUCAGCUGAAAUUUGACCCGCAACCUGGAUUGUGUCCAUGACAACAACAGGUAUUUAUUACACCUGCUACCACUCUCUGGGAUGAGCGGACUUCGCCCCUUCGUGAACGAGGAAGCUGGGGGUGGAAGGCAGGCAGGGCAGCCGAGGAAGAACCAGCAUCCGCACCCCAAAACCUUCCAAUGGCAAAGUUUCUAACUCAGGAUCAGAUCAAUGAAUUCAAGGAAUGUUUUUCCCUGUAUGACAAAAGGCAGAAAGGCAGAAUCCAGGCCAGCGAUCUGAUCGUUGUCAUGCGCAGUUUGGGCACCAGCCCAACUCUUGGAGAGGUGACCAGGCACCUUCAGGUCCACAAAAUUGAUGUCAAUGAAGAGCUGGAUUUUUCAACUUUCCUGACCAUGAUGCAUAGACAAAUACAGCAGGAAGAUCCAAGGAAUGAAAUCUUUCUGGCCAUGUCAAUGGUAGACCAGCAAAAGACCGGAUUCAUCUCCGUGGCUGAAUUGCAGGCAAAGCUCAUGAACCUUGGAGAAAAGCUAUCCAAGGAAGAGGUGGACACCCUUUUGAAGAAUGCCAGAGCUGGACACAACGGACUGGUGAAGUAUGAAGACUUAAUUCAAUCAAUCACGCUUCCAGUUGAUGAUUAUUGAAUUGCAAAAAGAUACUUGGCUAAAGGCAACCAUGCAGCCUUCAUCGAUUCUUCCUGGAACCUGGGCUCUGCUUGCCUUUUUGUCUUUAAAAAUAACUGCUUUG